AUGGCUGCUUGUGGGGAUGAUGAUGAUGAUGAUGAUGAUGAUGAUGAUGAUGAUGAUGAUGAUGAUGAUGAUGAUGAUGAUGAUGAUGAUGAUGAUGAUGAUGAUGAUGAUGAUGAUGAUGAUGAUGAUGAUGAUGAUGAUGAUGGUUGGCGGCGCUUCGGGGGUGCUGUGAACUGUGGGGAGGGGGUGGGAAAGGUGGUGGAAAUCGGCCUUGUCUCCGUGAAGGCUAGGACGGGGAGGAUAGAGAUGACGAUGAUCAUCGACGGCGCAUCGGGAUGGUGGUCCUCGGCGGUGAUGGUAGUCCUCCUCGAAGACGUCGUGCAGAUCAGAAGAGGGUCGAUUGGAGAGGCAGAAUUUAGGGUUCUCUGGCUGUUGAUGCAUUGA